UGGGACUCUGUCUUCAGCCGGCGCCUCGCUCCCUCCCAGCACCAUGCCUUACAACUGCUGCCUGCCCAACCUGAGCUGCCGCUCCAGCUGCCCCGCCCGGCCCUGCGUGGCCCCCAGCUGCCACAGCACCCCCCUGCCCGGGGCCAGCAACAUCCCUGCCAAUGUGAGCAACUGCGGCUGGUUCUGCGAGGGCUCCUUCAAUGGCAGCGAGAAGGAGACCAUGCAGUUCCUGAACGACCGCCUGGCCAGCUACCUGGAGAAGGUGCGGCAGCUGGAGCGGGAGAACGCAGAGCUGGAGAGCCUCAUCCAGGAGCGCUGCCAGCCCCAGGAGCCCCUGAUGUGCCCCAGUGACCAGUCCUACUUCCGGACCAUCGAGGAGCUGCAGCAGAAGAUCCUGUGCAGCAAGUCGGAGAACGCCCGGCUGGUGGUGCAGAUCGACAACGCCAAGCUGGCCUCGGACGACUUCAGGACCAAGUACGAGACGGAGAUGGGCCUGCGGCAGCUGGUGGAGUCGGACAUAAACAGCCUGCGCAGGAUCCUGGACGAGCUGACCCUGUGCAAGUCUGACCUGGAGGCCCAGGUGGAGUCCCUGAAGGAGGAGCUGCUCUGCCUCAAGCAGAACCACGAGCAGGAAGUCAACACCCUGCGUUGCCAGAUUGGAGACCGCCUCAACGUGGAGGUGGACGCUGCCCCCACCGUGGACCUGAACCGCGUGCUCAAUGAGACCAGGUGCCAGUAUGAGGCCCUGGUGGAGACCAACCGCAGGGACGUGGAGGAAUGGUACACCAACCAGACCCAGGAGCUGAACAAGCAGGUGGUGUCCAGCUCAGAGCAGCUGCAGACCUGCCAGGCGGAGAUCAUUGAGCUGAGACGCACGGUCAAUGCCCUGGAGAUCGAGCUGCAGGCCCAGCACAACCUGAGGGACUCACUGGAGAACACGCUGACGGAGACAGAGGCCCGCUACAGCUCCCAGCUGUCCCAGGUGCAGUGCAUGAUCACCAACGUGGAGUCCCAACUGGCUGAGAUCAGGGGUGACCUGGAGCGGCAGAACCAGGAGUACCAGGUGCUGCUGGAUGUCCGGGCCCGGUUGGAGUGUGAGAUCAACACAUACCGGGGCCUGCUGGAGAGCGAGGACUGCAAUCUUCCCUGCAACCCAUGUGCUACCACCAAUGCAUGUGACAAGCCCAUUGGACCCUGUGUCUCCAAUCCUUGUGGCCCGCGUGUUCGGUGUGGGCCUUGCAGUACCUUUGUGUGCUAGAGGCCCUGGUGCCAGGAGGAGGAGAAGGGCUCCGAAGUCACAUCUCAACUCUACUUCGUUCAAACAUCUCCAACGGUGACCACUUUGGAUAAAGGAAGAAACUUCUCUUGCACCAGCUUCCAGGGUUCACCUCUAGGCUUCUGCUGAAAUUCCUGGCUUGAUUCUUUCCUAUAAG